GGGACCUCUAUAUUUUCUAUCUAGGGAGUGGUGGAGAGAGAGUAGUGGAGUGGGCUUGCUGACGAGAGUGCAUGUGGAGGAGGGUUGCUGGCGAGAGUGCGUGUGGAGGAAGGCUGCUGACGAGAGUGAGCACAAGAGGUGGGAGUGGGGUGGAGGAGAAUGGGACUGGGUAAAGGACGAAAGGCGAGGUUGUGUCAGUGAAGAGAAGAGGUAUGGGGUGGAGAGUAGAGAGUGGAAGGUGAAGAGUAAAGAAAAAAAGCUUAUAUCAUACGUAACUGGAAAGAAACUUGCCGU